AUGGCUACGCGACGACGGAGCCCCGUGCUGCUGCUGCUGGCGCUGACUCUGGCGCUGCUGACGCUCGCGAGCGACGUGAGCGCGUUCGGCUUCAACUUCGGCUUCGAAGGGGCCCACCAGGAGCACCACCACGAGCACAAGCAUGACCACGUCGACUUCUACGAGACACUGGGGCUCACGAUGGAGGCGAGCGAGGCCCAGAUCAAGAAGGCGUACCGCAAGCUGAGUCUCAAGUACCACCCGGACAAGAACAAAGGCGACGAGGACGCCGAGAGCCGCUUCCACGAGAUCUCGCGCGCCUACGAGGUGCUCUCGGACCCGCAGAAGCGCCAGGUGUACGACCUGGAGGGCUUCGAGGGCCUCGAGCGCGAGGAGCAGUCGGCCGGACGCCCGUCCAGCCCCUUCGACGCCUUCUUCGGCGGCGGCGGCAAGCAGCGCGGCCCCGACGCGGCCGUGGACAUGCCCGUGACGCUCGAGGAGCUGUACAAUGGCGCCCAGAAGCAGGCGCAGUUCUCGCGCAGCGUCAUCUGCCGCAAGUGCCGCGGCACGGGCGCCAAGGGCGGCAAGACGACCACGUGCAAGACGUGCGGCGGGUCGGGCCACGUGCUGGUAGAGCAGAAGAUGGGUCCGGGCUUCACGGUGCAGAUGCAGCAGCCGUGCCCCAAGUGCGGCGGACGCGGCAAGACGUUCAAGCACAAGUGCCCGUUCUGCCACGGCAACAAGGUCGUCAAGGAGGACAAGGUGCUGACGGCGGAGAUCGAGCGAGGCAUGCCGUCGACCCACCAGAUUGUGUUCGAGCGUGAGAGCGAGCAGCGGCCGGGCAUGGUGCCGGGGGACGUCAUCUUCCGGCUGCACCAGGUGCCCCACAACCGCUUCCGUCGCGCGGGGGACGACCUCCACUACGACCUGGAGAUCUCGCUGGAGGAGGCGCUGCUGGGCUACAAGAAGCCCAUGAAGCACCUGGACGACCGCACGGUGGUGCUGACCGACGCCAAGGUCACGACGCCCUUCGAGGUCCGCACCGUGGAGGGCGAGGGCAUGCCCGUGCACAACUACCCGUCGCAGCUCGGCAACCUGCACGUGCACCACGAGAUCCGCUUCCCGAAGAAGCUCUCGGCCGAGCAGAAGGAGCUCGUGAAGCAGCUGCUCCCCGAAGACCCGCUGCAGCUCAAGACGCAGUUGAUCGAGAGGGACGAGGUGCAGUGGCAGCUCGGUCCUGAUGCUGGCGAUGCUGGCGAUGCAGCCCCAAUGGACGACACUAAGGACCGCAAAGCUCUCAAGCGAGUCGCUGGAGUGGACAUCAGCUUCCUCAAAGGCUCGAACGAGCACGCCUGCGCCUCCAUCGUGGUGCUCGAGUAUCCGUCGCUCUCGGUGCUGUACGAGGCCUUCACGUACGUGUCGCUGCCUGCCCCGUACAUUGCCGGGUUCUUGGCAUUCCGCGAGGUGCCAGCGCUGACGAAGCUGUAUGAUGAUCUGCGUCGACGUCGCCCAGAUCUACUGCCGGACGUGACGUUGGUCGAUGGCAACGGCGUCUUGCACCCUCAGGGCUUCGGGCUGGCGUCUCACUUCGGCGUGCUGGCAGGUAUCCCGACGAUUGGCGUGGGCAAGACCUUCCUCCACGUAGACGGUCUCACGAAACUCGAUGUGAAAGGUCUCAUGGCCAGAGCACGAGAGGAGCACCACGAUCUGGUCAAGCUCGCUGGGAAAUCUGGCAAGGUGUGGGGAGCUGCGCUGUGUGGCACAGCUGGCGUCAAGAAUCCCGUCUACGUGUCGGUGGGGCACAUGUUGUCGCUGGACUCGAGCGUCGCAAUCGCCCAGGCCUGCUCGCAGUAUCGCGUGCCAGAGCCGAUUCGGCAAGCCGACCUCCGCUCGCGCGAGGUGAUUCGGCAGUGGGAAAGCGCGGGAGCAGUCGACACCUCGCUGGACCUGUUCCAUGCGUACCCAGCUUCCGGCGCGUAG